AUGAAACCAUCCAUCAACUUCUUAGCCAGAUCCUCAUGGAAGGGCCCACAUUUGGUUCCAUUACCAAUCGCCCAAGCCAUUAAAACUGGUCAACCAAUAAGGACCAAUGCCAGAAGUUGUACAAUCAUCCCACAAUUUGUAGGUUUAAAAUUCCAAGUUCAUAAUGGUAAAGAAUACGUUCAAUUAGAUAUAACUGAUGAAAUGGUAGGUAACAAAUUGGGAGAAUUUGUUCCAACAAGAAAGAAGUUCACCUAUAAAUUCUCCAAGAAUUAG